AGAAAAUAUCCCCCAAAUCCCUAGCUAAACCCUCGUCGACUGCCGUGCUCCGUGGCCGCCAUGGCGCUCUCGAAGCCCCUCCUCUCCCGCCUCCUCCCCCUCUCCCACCGCCUCCCCAUCCGCCCCCACCUCCGCCUCCUCUGCCUGGCUACUCCUACCGAUCUUCCGGAUCCCCCCACCGACGCCUCCGCCGAGCGCCGCCGCCGCAAGCGCCGCCUCCGCGUGGAGCCGCCGUCCUCCCGCGGGCCGGCUCCCCAGCGCGCCCCUGGUGGGCCCCGCCCCUCGUCCAACCCCAACGCCCCUAAGCUCCCCGAGCCCGCGUCGGUACUCUCCGGCAAGCGCCUCGACCUCCACCGGCGCAUCCUCACGCUCGUCCGGGAGAACGACCUCGAAGAGGCCGCGCUCCUCACCCGCCACUCCAUCUACUCCAACUGCCGGCCCACCGUAUUCACCUGCAACGCCGUCCUCGCCGCGCAACUCCGCCAGGCGCGCUACGCCGACCUCCUAACCCUCCACCGCUUCGUCACCCAGGCCUCCGUCGCGCCCACUGUCGCCACCCAUAACAUCCUCCUCCAGGCCUACUGCGACUGCCGUCGCCCUGAAACCGCGCUCGAGCACUUCCGCCUCCUCCUCAAGGAUGACUCCCCUGUCCUACCUUCUCCCACCACAUAUCGCAUCCUCGCCCGCUCCCUCGCCGAGAACAGCAAGCUUGACCUGGCGCUUGAGCUCAAGGACGGCAUGCUCGAGCGUGGAUUUGUCGCUCCUGACCCCCAGGUCUACGCAUUCAUCAUGGGCGGUUUUGUGAACGCCGGGGAUGGUGACACGGUGAUAUCGCUGUACGAGGAGCUUAAGGAGAAACUUGGUGGUGGCUCAAUCCUUGAUGGUGUGGUGUACGGCAACCUUAUGAAGGGUUACUUUCUCAAGAGCAUGGAGAAGGAGGCUAUGGAUUGCUACCAUGAGGUUCUUGGAGAUGGGUCCAGUGUGAGGUUUGGGGCUGUUAGUUAUAACAUGGUGCUUGAUGCGCUUGGGAGGAAUGGGAAGUUGGAGGAUGCUGUACAGCUGUUCGAUAGAAUGUGCAAGGAGCAUGAUCCACCGAGGAGGAUUGCUGUGAAUCUCGGGAGUUUUAAUGUGAUGGUUGAUGCAUACUGCCGUGCUGAAAGGUUCCAGGAUGCAGUUGAGGUGUUUGGUAAAAUGGGUGAGAAGAGGUGCUCACCAGAUGCACUGUCGUACAAUAAUCUGAUUGACUGGCUGGGAAGGAAUGAACUUGUUGGGGAAGCAGAAGGACUGUAUAAUGAGAUGGGAGAGCGUAGUAUCAACCCCGAUGAAUAUACAUAUGUCUUGCUUAUUGAGUCUUGCUUGAAGGUGGAUAGGGUGGAUGAUGCUGUUGGUUACUUCAAUAAAAUGUUUGAUGUUGGUCUGAGACCCAAUGCCAAUGCAUUUAACAAAGUUAUAGGUGGUUUGGUGAAGGUUGAUAGGCUUGAUGAGGCACACAGGUUCUUCGAUCUGAUGCCUGAAAAGGAGGUCAAGCCAAACAUUGCUAGCUAUGAAUUGUUAUUGAGAGCAUACACUGAUGUGGCUAGGUUGGACGAUGCAAUUAAGAUGGCCAAGGGUGUUCUCUUGGAUGAGAGUGUGGUGUUCACUGAUGAAUUAAAGGCAGUUCUAGAGGGGGCACUGGAAAAGGAGGGGAGAAAUGAGGAUAUGACAAAGUUGUAUGAGGAUGUUGAGAGGGAGAAAGCAGAGGCGGCAGCACUUGCAGCUGAAGAGAAGGCUAGAGCAGAGGCUCUUGCUAAAGAAGAAGAGGAGAAGAAGAAGGCUGAGGCGAAGGCUAAGGAGGAAGCUGCUGCAAUAGCCAGUCGAGCAGCUAUCGAUGCGGUGCUGGGUCGCAAGAGCGGUGCAGAAAAGGAUGAAUCAUCUGAGGGGUUGAAUGUUGAGGAGGCACAGGUUGUUGAAUCCCAGAGUGGCACCAUUGGUGUUGCAGGAGAACAGAGUGAAGAUGAAGACCAGAAGAAAGAAGAAUCUGAUGAGGCCUCGUCGCAGGUCACAGUUUCAUCAUCUUGAGUUUCUGUGUGUAAUGGUUAGUUUCAUUUCAAUAGUACAACGUGACUAGAAGAGCUUCUACGAGAUGCUUGAUGAUUUGAAUGAAGUUUGCAUGUUCCACUGAUUGUAUGCUGGAAACUUUUUGUACCACAUCUCUUGUUUGGAGAUAACAGUAGUACAAAUUUCUAUAUUCCUGGUAUCAAUAAAUUAAUCAUGUCAUUAACCA